AUGAUUGAGAAAUAGGAAGUAAUGAAAUUGAUGUUAGUGGGAUCAAAUAUGGUUGGUAAGACUGCUUUUCUAUUUCGAUUUUGUGAGAACAAUUAUAAGUCAAAUUAUGAAGAAACUUAAGGAAUAGAUUUGAAAUCGAAAAUAUAUAAUGAAGGUAAAUUGAGACUUUAAAUUUUUGAUACAGUAAAAUGUUCAAAUUUACAUAAUAGCCUGGAGCUGAGAAGUUGAAAUUUGCUUCAUUUGAAUUCUAUAAGUCAGCUUUUUGGUUUUAUUUUGUUUUUUGAUCUGUAUGAAUAAUUAUAAUUGAGAUGCACAAUUAAUAUUAGUUGGAAAUAAAUCUGAUUAAUAAGACCAUCAUUAUUAUAGUGAAUCACAUGAAGAAGCACAAC